AUGGAGGUUAAACGACCGGCCGAGCUCGUAGCCUCUGUCCUACCCGAAGCCGAUCCGUACCAAGAUUUCGCAGACUUUGUCAACAGUAUGGGUCUGACGAUCGAUUGGGACCCGCUGUUCGACCAGAUGCCUGCGGCUACGGAGCAAGCUGAACCAACAACACAUCGGAACGACAGCUCGAACGAGGGCACGGGUACUGCAACUAUGAAUGCGGCCUUAGCCCCUGUGGCGGCCAAUCACGGAGAAAAUGAGGCCCGGAAUGCAGUAUCCAACGUUCAGUCGGCAGCCACCCUACCAAUACCUCAAGAAAUGAAAGAUGUCGCGACUGCGUACCGCUUUGAUCUCGACGAAGAGCAAAUGAGACUUUUGCAUCUCUCCAUGUCAGACUAUCAACAAUGCGUGCCAAAUUUUGCUCUGCCUUCGCGGCAUGCUUUGACCCGAUACCUGAAUGCCUACUUCGACUCGUUCCACCCACAUCUGCCAUUUAUCCAUGCACCUACUUUCGAAGUAUCCACAUGUAACUUGGAGCUCGUCCUGGCUAUAGCUGCUGCUGGGGCUCAAUAUCGAUUUGAGCAUCAAAAAAGCAUCACCUUGUUCUUUGCCGCCAAAAGCAUUCUCCAGGAACGAAUCAAACGCAGGGAGAUGGCACCAAGAGACACAAUCUAUGCUGCAACACCUGCUGAAGGCUCGAUUCCCUCGGAAAAUUCUCCAACAUUCCAAUCUCAAGACGGUCACUUCUUUUUUGGCUGUCGAGAACCGGACGGGCAAGGAACCGCAUCCAAAGUGUGUCUGAUGGACGACGCCCGGUGCUUGCUCUGCCUCCUUGUGUUUUCGACCUGGAAAUUUGAUCCACACGUCUACCGGGCGGCCCUUUCCAUGCAGAGCGCUUUAGUGCAAUGUGUCCGGGAAGCUGGGCUCGCCGAUGGUAACAAUGAGGGCGAUGAAGUCGAUUGGCGGCGCUGGGCCAGGAAUGAAUCCGACAAACGCACCAAGUUUCUCGCUUUCUGUUUCCUCAACAUCCACAGUCUUGCUUAUAACGUGCCACCAUUGUUUCUGGGGAAUGAAAUCCACCUGAGUCUUCCAUCAUCAAGUGAAGAAUGGGCGGCAAUAACCGAAGAACAUUGGCUUGCAUACCGGCAGCCACCGCCUGCCCGACAAGUCAUUUUCUCAAAGGCACUGACCCUUCUGCUAUCAUCUUCCAGCAGUCCCGUGUGUCUCAAACCAAAUCCUUCAGCUUUAGGCAACUAUGUCUUGCUGCAUGGACUGCUGCAACGGAUCUUUCUCGUACGGCAAGCAUUCCAUUCCAUUGAAAACAGUCCGUCUUAUCUUCCAUCGAUCGAACUGGAUUCUCUAGAAAACGCGCUUCGGUCUUGGACAUUGGCCUGGCAGCAGGCCCCUGAAUCCAGCCUCGACCCGCAAAAUAUCAGUGGACCAAUACCAUUCACAUCGACGGCGCUCCUCGGGCUUGUAUAUUGUCGCAUGUCCCUGGAUGCCGGCCCAUACAGAGUCCUGGCUUCUCGAGAUCCGCAUCAAAUAGCCCAGAGGCUCCUCGAGAUGCCUUCGGUCCAACGCGGGCCCCGGCUGAUACAUGCUUUGCUACACGCAACACACUCACUCAACAUUCCGGUGAAGCUCGGCGUCGAAUACGUGGCGCGGAGCCAGGGGUUUUUCUGGAGCAUUCAGCAUGCGCUUUGUUCCCUCGAGUUUGCCGUGUUGGUGAGUAAAUGGCUGUACGAUUUAGCCGGGCUGCACGAGAGCCAAAGACUGGAUAAACAGGAAACGGGCAUUGUGGAAUGGAUUCGCCAGAUUGUGGCAGAAGGAAGAGCCUCGAUCGACCAGGACCAGGUAGAAGGCUCGAUAGAAUCCAGAUCCAGAUCCGAUUACCUGGAGCUUGCUUACAUGGUGGUGAGAAUAUGGGCGGUGAUUAUGCGCGGCAAUGUCCAGUGGCGCAUGGUAAAUAUCAUCGGCCAGGCGUUGGAGCUUUACGCGAAUCUCUGCCGGUCAAAUCUUCAACUAGAAGAUGCAGAUAUCUGA